GCCGGCCCGGUGCCACUCGCCCGGCCGCCCGCCCGCCGCGCUCCGGGCUUCUCCUGGCUCCCUCCGACGCGCCGCGGCGGCCCGGCCUCCGGUCACCUGGCGCGGCGACCUCCCCGCGCCCCGCGGCUGGAGAAGGCGAGGCCGAGCCCGGCGGCCCCAGGGCGCGCUCGGCGGCGGAGCCGCGGGGACGAGACCCGGGGCGGAGCGGCAGAGGGCGGCGCGGGCGCGGACGCGAGUUGGGCAGCGCGCCGGGCAAGCCCGCGGAGCCGCCCUAGCCGGGUGCACGCGCCGGGCGGAGCGCGCAGGUGGGGCUGCCCUCACCGCGCUGCGCCCCGCGCGGCUCCCCCGCGGGCAGGAGGAUGGGCGCCGGCGCCCCGGGACCGCGCCCGCCGCUGCCGCCCCGGAGCCCGCCGCGAGCCCGGCGUCCCGCCCGCGCCCUGCGCUCAUGGACGGCGGCUCCCGGCUGGCGGCGGCGCGCCCCCGGGCUGUGAAUGCGACUCGCCCCUCGGCCGCGCUCCCCGCCCGCCCGCCCGCCGGGACGUGGUAGGGGAUGCCCAGCUCCACUGCGAUGGCAGUUGGCGCGCUGUCCAGUUCCCUCCUGGUCACCUGCUGCCUGAUGGUGGCUCUGUGCAGUCCGAGCAUCCCGCUGGAGAAGCUGGCCCAGGCGCCGGAGCAGCCGGGCCAGGAGAAGCGCGAGCACGCGUCUCGGGACGGCCCGGGGCGGGUGAGCGAGCUCGGGCGCCCCGCGAGGGACGAGGGCGGCGGCGGCCGGGACUGGAAGAGCAAGGGCGGCCGCGGGCUCGCCGGCCGGGAGGCGUGGAGCAAGCAGAAGCAGGCCUGGGCCGCCCAGGGCGGGGGCGCCAAGGCCGGGGACCUGCAGGGCCGGGCCCGCGGGGACACCCCGCAGGGGGAGCCCCCGGCCGCCGCCGCCCAGGACGCGGCCGGCCCGGACCUGGCGCCCACGCCGGAACCGCCGGAGGAGUACGCGUACCCGGACUACCGCGGAAAGGGCUGCGUGGACGAGAGCGGCUUCGUGUACGCCAUCGGGGAGAAGUUCGCGCCGGGCCCCUCGGCCUGCCCGUGCCUGUGCACCGAGGAGGGGCCGCUGUGCGCGCAGCCCGAGUGCCCGCGGCUGCACCCGCGCUGCAUCCACGUCGACACGAGCCAGUGCUGUCCGCAGUGCAAGGAGAGGAAGAACUACUGCGAGUUCCGGGGCAAGACCUACCAGACUCUGGAGGAGUUCGUGGUGUCUCCGUGUGAGCGGUGCCGCUGCGAAGCCAAUGGAGAGGUGCUGUGCACAGUGUCCGCAUGUCCACAGACGGAGUGUGUGGACCCCGUGUACGAGCCUGACCAGUGCUGCCCCAUCUGCAAAAAUGGUCACCUCUGCGAGAAAGGCUACGGUGCGUGGGUGGCCACGGAAAGGCUGACAGAGUUGCUUCUGACUGUUGGAACAGUUCCUCAAAAGCGUCCAGAGUCCGUGGUGCCGAAUUCAGGUAUGGACCGGACCAGGUGACUUAGAGGGCCCUAGAGGGCUAACAUUCGAUUAUUCUUUGGGACUAAUGCAUAAAUGUCUCUGAGGUCAUUAUUCAGCAGUCCGUUUUGGGUGCACAGAAAGAACAGUGUUCUUUGCUCUGUCAGUUCACAGGUUUUCUGGUCUUUCCCAUUUUCUAGCGUUAAGUCAUUUUGUAAAUUAACAAGAUAAUCGCUUAAAACAAAAGUACCCAGUUAUUCUUUGCAGAUCCACAGACAGAAGGCCCCCUGUCACCUCCCACUCAUGCGGACCGAGAGACACAUAAAAGCCGGGCAGGGGGAUCUGAGAAUCCCCAAGACAGCCUGGAGCCCUCAGCAGGCUUGCUGGCUUCGGUUCCAGCCACCGCGGCUGCUGACGGUUCCACCGAACACAUCUGGGCCUCACUUUGCUCAUCUCUAAAAGGAACCAGAUCAGGGGCACCUGGGUGGCUGAAUCGGUUAAGCGUCCGACCCUUGGUUUCCUCUCAGAUCACGAUCUCACGUCUUCGUGGGCUUGAGCCCCGAAUCAGGCUCUGUGCUGGCAGUGCGGAACCUGCUUGAGAUUCUCUCUCUGCCCCUCUCUCUCCCACUUGCUGUCUCUGUCUCUCUCCAAAUAAAUAAACUUAAAAAAGGAAACAGAUCAAAUGGUAUGUAUACACACACAGGUACCUUUAGAAAAAUUUAAAACUUCUAUUAUUUAAAUCAAAGGAAAUGCCUUAGCACGUAAAAUAAAUGUGAUUGAUACAGUUGACCCUUGAACAACACGGGUUUGAACUGCACACUUCAGAGAUUUUCUUUCAAUAAACAUGGUACAGGACUCUAAUGCCUUUUCUCUUCCUUUUAAUUUUCUUUUUUUUUAAAUUUUUAAUGUUUAUUUUUGAGAGAGAGAGAGAGAGAGAGAGAGAGAGACAGAGAAACAGAGAGAGAGCAAGGGAAGGGCAGGGAGAGAGGGAGACACAGAAUCCGAAGCAGGCUCCAGGCUCCGAGGCAUCAGCACAGAGCCUGAUGCGGGGCUCAAACUCACAAACCGCAAGAUCAUGACCUGAGCCGAAGUCGGACGCUCAACCGACCCAGCCACCCAGGUGCCCCAUCUUCCUUACAAUUUUCUGAAAAACAUUUUCUUUUCCCUGGCUUACUUUAUUAGAAGAAUACAGUAUAUACUACAUAUAACAUACAAAGUAUGCAUCCAUCAACUGUUCAUGUCAUUGGUAAGGCCUUGGGUCAACAGUAGGCUCUUUGUAGUCAAGUUUCAGGAAAGUCAAAAGUUAUAUGCAGGUUUUCGACUGUGUGGAUUGUCCGUGCCCAUGACCUCCGUGUUGUUUAAGGGUCAACUGUAUUUAGAAAAAGUGUGGCACAUUUCCCCCUGAAAACCGCAAAUUCAUUUAUCUCCUAGCAGUUAGAUUUUUGGAGCCCUCUCAGUGGCCCCUUGGAAGGAAAGGCUCAGUGCCCACACAGCUUCCCAGCUUGUCCACAGAGCACCCCCGCCCCGUCUUCUUCUACCUGCCUUCCCCGUGGUGAAUGUACACAGACCUGUGGGCACAUUCCUACCCCUGCUUUUCCCUGGUUGCUCAGUUCACCUGAAAUGCCUUGCAGCCCUUCUGGAAGAAGCAAACCCCGUCUGUCUUCAAGGACCAGUGCCAAAGCUCUUUACCGGCCUGUUCUCAGGCACCCCUCCCCCGGCAUCCACCGCCCUGAGGAGCCAUCCUUUGUUGGCGUGGUCUUUCCCAAGUGGCAGUGGACAGCCCCAGGGCUAGGGGACAGAACUUGCUCAUUUCAUACUCCAUUGUCCCCUGCUGUGCCCACAGGUGGGGAUGGCUGGGCAGACGAAAAUGUAAAAUAUAACGUUUCUUGAUUAUGUAUCCCCGAGGUCUUGAUCCCAUCUAACUAAAGUAAACUGAGAGAGACCAGCUGCCCAUCCUUGCUUUGAGAGAAUUACUGACCAUACCAUGCUUCUAGAAACCCUGGGAGGAAAUUUUGUCUCUUUAGCUCUUGUGAAUACUUUACUGACCCUCGACCCCAUGUCUUCUCUGGGCUCUGAACCAUCUUGAAUGCCAGAAACAUCUCUCAUGAAACAGCUUCAAUCCCCAGGCUCCAUGAAAUGAUUAUCACCCAGGCAGCCUGACGUUCAUUAUCUCAGAUAAGAGCCGCAGAAUAAUGAAGAUAUUGAGUUAUUCCCGCCAGGCCCCAUGAGUAAUGAAAAGCCUGAAGGAAGGGCUCAUUCAUUAAGAUUUUAUAAGCAGGGGAGAAUAAAAAGAUACUUGUUUUCAAGAAAUCCAUUUUUGUCCAGUCUAGUCUUAACAUUAGAAGAACUUUGUAGAGAAUGUAAAUGUAUUUAAAAAAUAAUAAUAAUUAAAAGGAAAUCCAGUGCCUGUUAGAAAGGGGUCUUUUACCUACUGGUGAAAUGUUGACAAAUUCUAACCAGCCUGACGAGAAGUUGGGUUUUGUUUUGUGUUCUGUAGGCAUGUAAGUAUGUUUAAUGCAUAUGUUGAGAUGCAAGUAAAGUUCACCUCAUUGGAAUUAGCUCUUCUCCAUGACUUAAGCUGACAGUGCCUUUACGGUUUCUAAGUCAACUGGAAGACAUCAAUCAUUUGAAAUUACCAAAAAGAUGAAAAUUGACAACCCUACCCCGAAGAAGCAACACAAGCCUAGUCUCAUAAGUACAUGUAGAAGUCUGGCACUAUAGGAGAUCCUGAGAACGUGCUUGAUGUGCACAGAAAUGAACCAUCCCAGAGCCUGGAGCUGAGCGUGGACCUCUCCUGUUUUGCAACUAAUCGUUUUAUUAGCAAUGAGCUAAAAGAGAGAGGGAGAGAGAGAGGAAGGCAAAGAAUGAAAUUAUGAAGAAAGGGAGCAUUUAGCAAAUAGUAUUGACUUUCUGUUUCUCGAGACUAUUGAUAAUGGACUUGUAAUUUUCACAAACUUUGUCUAGUUGGCUGAUGGGGCCACAGUGAAUUCACUGAACAGAUACAGAAAAACUGGUACACAUAAAUCUGCUUAAGAAACCAUCGCUUCCAGUUCAGAAGUUAGUAGUAAGUUUACGAAGACUGUCUAAAGACAGUGAUUUCACAUGUGUGAUGAUAGAAGGUGUGCUUACCUGUGCAUCUCUGAACUAUGAAUUCUCAUGGAGAGCUCACUUACUCUGGGUGAACACCACCCAUUUUCCAUUGCAGGGUUUUUAUAGUCGUACAAAAGGUAAACCAACAGCUGUCAAUGUGUUGUCUCCAAUAGCAGAAGGAAAACACACCAAAAAAAAUAAAUAAAUAAUGUCCCUUUUCUAUCAGUUUCUCCUAUGCUUCAGAUAGAAAAUCAAUUCAGAACAAAAACAAAGUGAGGGUUUUGUUUGUUUGUUUGUGUGUUUUGUUUCAUUUUGUUUUGUUUGAAAUUCCGUUCCUGGAAUCAAAGCAAAACUUUUGGAAAUUAAUUCCAUCAAAGGUAAAACAUCUAAAGCAAUUGCUCAUUCUGUUCUAAACGUAUUUUUAAAAGUUCAAGGUCGGAAGUAGAGUAAUUGCUUGCUAUUAUGAAUACAUUCUUGGCAGAGCAGAGCAUUAUUAAAAAAAACAUAAUAUUGUUAACUUAAUAAACCAGUGGAGUCGAAAUGCAUUUGAAGUUCGUUGUGGCACACAUAUUUGUAAUUGCGUCCAAGCAAACUGUGAUAUCCUAGAAAUAAAUAUGGAAGCUGUAAUUGCCAAUAUUUUAAAAAUAAUCUAAGCACAUCAUUUUGUGAAUUAAAAAAAAACCUGGCAGAUUCGUUGGUGCCUCUUUCACCAGUUGGAUUUUCUACAGAAACAGUUUAAUCUCGGAAGAUCUGUAGAGUCAACGUAAGUGCCUAAUGGUGUUUUUUGAUGUAUAUUUUAAAUGUUUAUUUAUUUUUGAAAGAGAGACAGAGACAGAGCACAAGCAGGGGAGGGGCAGAGAGAGGGAGACACAGAAUCUGAAGCAGGCUCCGGGCUCUGAGCUGUUAGCACAGAGCCCGACGUGGGGCUCGAACCCACGAACCGCGAGAUCAUGACCUGAGCGGAAGUCGGACGCUUAACUGACUGAAUCACCCAGGCGCCCCAACGUAUUUUUUUUUUUAAAUAACGGCAUUGUCUAUAUUUCGGCUGUAUAUUUCUUUCAGAAUCAUUCAAAAUCUUUAAUCACGGUGUUCAAAAAUUAGAAAAAAAACUUUAGCUUUUGGCGCUUUAGAAAGUUACCUUGUGAAAACCAAACCUGUGAUCCAGACGGUACUUAGAUGGCUCUGGAGAGACAGCAAAUUGCACAACCGGGCCGCCACUGUGUUUGAUUUAAUUUUCAGACUUAAUCAUUGUGUGUUGGGAUAUAUCAGUGUGUGGGAAGACUAUUUUGAUUGAGCUCAUAUGCUAAAUUGGAUCUCUUGAUACCCUGUACAGAAAUGACACAAAGUUAAGAAGCCCUGUGAUUUUUCUAACAUUUGAAUUCAGUGAGCACUCAAAAAAAUCAUCAAGAGAAACAAAAAUUUGGUGAAUUUUGUCUUAAAACAUAGGUAUUGAGGAAAGUUGCUCUAUGUUACUAUAAAGAUAGUACCUAUGAAAAUAUUCGGCAUACCCAUGCAAACCAUGAUUAGAAAUGAGCAUGUCUUUCCAUUUAACGUAUUUUCUCUGGGUUUGUUGUGUCGUAUCUCAGCAUCUGUGGAGAGAAUUUUCUCAACUAAAAAGAUACGCUUCAGAGGAGCCAAUUCAAUAUGCUAAUAAUUCCAAAUUUAUAAGCCAUAAAAUGUAACUUGACAAAAAUUCCAGAUAAUUUUAUGGAAACAUUUAAAAUAGUAAGACUAUUAAAAAAUUCUCUCACAAACGAGAUUCUAUCAUUAACAGAAUGAAGGUUGUGAACUAUACCAAAAAUAAUUAUUCCUAGUGUAGGGGAGGAAACCGUUUUCCUUGCCCC